GAAAGCCUUUCUGUUUCUGUCGACGAUUACUUCCACUCUGAGCAAAAACUCCCAGCUCUGAGCUCUGCUAGAGCCGGUUGGACGUGAUUGUGGAAGGGUUUUGGACUGAUUUAGAGUAUUUUGUUUACGUACAGUCUUUUAGCUAAGCUGGUAGGGAAAAAUGGAGGCGAGGAAUGCCGUAGUUGCUAAAUAGGAGCUGGUGUGUUGCUAGCAGUCGAUGGAAGCUAACCCAUGUUAAUAAAGCAUCUGUCUGCAGUCGGGCUGUUUCGCUAGAUUCCUGCCACUCGGUUAGAAUAUUUCCUGAGAAAGCUCAGCGAUGGAGGAAGUUGAUAAAAUCCUGAUUCACGCUCUAAGACAAGUCGGAACGGAGGUGGGCGAGGACGUCGACAGGCUGAACCAGUUCACCAGUGAGUUGAUCGUGGAGGCGGUGGUCAGAUGCAUCCGGGUGAUCGAUCCGGCCCUGGGGGAAGGGCUGCCCACCUCCCUGCCUCCGGGCAUGUCUGCCCGCUUCAGGGUGGGCAUGAGCCUGGCCCAGGCUUGCCAGGACGUCGGCUAUAAAGGAGAGAUUGGCUACCAGACUUUUCUAUACAGUAAUGAGCCAGAGAUUCGCUCGCUGCUCAUGUACCUGGUGGAGAAAAUGCCCAGGGAGAGCUCUGAGGCCUCGGACCAGCCCACAGGUAAAUCGGCUGUCCUCCAUAGAGCCAUCGCUGCUGCAAUCAGCGGCCAGCUGGCUGUUUCCUGGGUGCCUCUAAACUGCAGGUUGCCGUUACACUGUGAAACUCAGAAUAAAGCAGCAUCACACAGCUUCCAUGUCCGUCCACUCAGCUCCCCACACUGCACUAACGGCCAGAAGUAUCUCAAAGAGGUGAAGGACUACCAGAGAGACUUCCUCCUUCCUGUCACCGCUCAGCUUCCCAGUCAGACCUCUAUGGUGUCGUCCAUCUUGGAGCAACACACGGCGGACUUGAGCAGUGCUCAGGAGUGGGAUACCGAGUGGAAGAGUCAGGGCCUGCUGUCCCGCCUCACGCCACAGGAGUACCGCUCCAGGAAGCUGACCCGUCUGCGUAAACGCAUUGAAGAGCAGCUGCGCUCUGCCGCCGCGCCGUCUCCCGAAAGUGUCUUCGGCGUUCCCCGCUCCACCUCCGAGCUGUCUGACCUCUUGCACACCUUCAGAGGCUCCACCCCUUCUGACCUCAUCCUUACCAAGGGCAGCCAUUUCACACACACUCAGAAGUUUACCUUCACACAGGUGAGCGCCUCCGGACGAGUAGACGGAGCUCUGCAGAACGGGUUCAGCGCUAACUGUGCGUUGCUCCCGCAGGAGGCUGCGGCUGUACCGAGCCCAGUCCACACCGGGCGGCAGUCGGAGGGUGAUGCUCAGCUCCGCCAGCAGGAGGAGCUGGCUGCCCUGCAGCAGCAGCUUCAGCAGCUCUGCAGUGACGUCGACCUGAUGGUGGCAGACAUGAAGCACAUGAGUGUCACUAAUGCUCAGGUAUUUGAUGAACUGAAGCAGAGGGAGAUGGAAAAUACUAAAAAUGAGGAGAAGACGCAGGUAAAGAAGAAAACUAUUGAUCUGUUGCCAGACGCAGACAACAACCUGCAGAAGCUUCAGUCCCAGGUGGAGGCCAGUGCCAACCGGGUGGUAAAUCUGGCAUCUCAGUGGGAAAAACAUCGCGCUCCGCUCAUUGAAGAACAUCGCAGACUAAAAGAAAUCUGCAGCACCAAGGAUCUUGAGUCUUCCACAAAGCUUUCAGAGAUCAAGUCUCUGCACGACAAAAUCCGUGCGGCCACAGCGGAGGCGAAGAAGAAAGAAGAGUCGUACAAGCAGUUGGUGACUGAGUUGGAAAGCCUUCCCCAGGACGUGUCUCGAUCAGCGUACACUCAGAGGAUUUUAGAGAUUGUUGGCAAUAUCAAAAAACAGAAGGAGGAAAUUACUAAGAUCCUGUCAGACACCAAGGAGCUGCAGAAGGAGAUCAACAGCCUCACUGGGAAACUGGACCGGACGUUUGCUGUGACUGACGAGCUGGUCUUUAAGGAUGCCAAGAAAGAUGAGUCUGUCCGCAAAUCCUACAAGUACCUGGCUGCCUUACAUGAGAACUGUAACCAGCUGAUCCAAACCAUUGAGGACACGGGAACAAUUCUGAGAGAGAUUCGAGAUCUGGAGGAACAAAUUGAGACGGAAAACUGUAACAAAACCGUGACCAACCUGGAGAGGAUCAUGGACGACUACAAAGCGAUCCGACAGGAGAACUCUGCACUGGCCGCCAAAGUCAGAGAGGGCUGAGAGGAGGCUCUGCUCCACCGAUGCCAACAGCCGGUGGUGUAAAGCAGUCUGAGCAGGACAGGAGCAGCUCUUCAGGUAGAUGCUGUAGAGACUGAGGUUGGCUAACAUGGAGACCGGCUGGUUUUGUACCGUCGAAAAACCAGUAACGCUAAUGCACAUCAUGAAUGAAUGGAGAGAUGGAUUUUGUCUCGUUCGUCUCAAACUGAAUCUACAGCGGAGCUCUGAUGGUCCAUCCACUGGUUUGAUUGUUUUGUGAAAUGGGACUCUGGGCCGCAUACGGUGGCUUCAUGAUCUGUUUGCAGAGGCUCUUCUUUAGUGUCAAAUUGUUUGAUACAUGAAUUGAUGUUUGAUUUUCAGACGUUAUGUGUUCUUUCUUGAUCAUAUUUGAGCAUAAAAUGUUGAACAAAUGGAAUUUGAAUGUAGUUAAAUGGAAAUGUUUUCUAGAUUCAUCAGCAGAGUAUUGUAUACAUGGUACCAGCUUAAAUAAAGAUGCCUUACAGAUC